AUGUUUCUAGUCCAAAUUCUCUUACAGUGCUGGAGGAAUCGUACCCGCCUUCGGUCGAAACUUUCAGGUCCGAGCUCGUCGGAAAUCAGAUUGUCUCAUAGCCUCGCUGUCACAGAUCCUCGCCGUCGCCAUCUCACAGCCUCACCGUCUCAAACCCACCACCACAACCCGUUGCCGUCACAGAUACCCACCACCACAACCCGUCGCCGCCAUCACAAAUCCUCAUUGUCGCCAUCUCACAGCCUCGCCGUCGCCAUCUCACAGCCUCACCGUCUUAAACCCACCACCACAACCCGUCGCCAUCACAGAUACCCACCACCACAACCCGUCGCCGUCACAGAUCCUUGCCGCCAUCACCAACUAAACCAAAUGAAGGCUUGA